GAUGAGUUUGGAGCUAAAGACUACCGUAAGAUAAUUGAGUUGAAAGCUGACCAUUCAUCCAGACCUCUCUGGGUGGUAAGUUAAAAAAGUAGCUGAUGUUAUAACUUCUUGCUCACAAAAAUAACAUUGGCUAUAUGUGAAGUUAGGGUGACUGAUCCAUCAGGGGAAACUCUCUUGAAGAAGCCUACAUGUAAUAACAGGUGUGCACAGCUCAACAGAUUUACAAUUCUGAUUUUUUUUUUCAAGUUUCAAAUCUAGAACUGAUUAUUUAUUUUCAGGACAUUUUCUGUAACAGAUUGUAAUAUUUCAAAUGCAGAAGAGCUUCAGUCUGUUCACACUAUCUAUGGGGAAAAUAUACCAAGAAUUUGGGUAUUAGACUAGAUGACCAUUNUUGCCCCGAGAAUUCACCCAAAAUUCCUACAAAAUCACCGGAUUUCUCUGCAAAUUUGUCCCUAAUAAAUUAUCCCGCGAAAUUUGACUUUUUUUGCUGCAACGUAUCAGAAGCAGAUCUUGUAUAAUAACUGUGAGUUGUCCAUCUGUUUGACAGCUGAUGUGGCACCCAAGUCUUCAUCCGCAGCUGUCACAGAUGAAACCAUUGAGGUCAGUUAAAUACUGCUGUAGUCUAUAUAAUAUUCACUUCUAUUGGUGUGUACAAACUCAUUGAUGCAAUGUAUUUUGAUGUUGUAAUAAUUCUAGGAUGAGUUUGGAGCUAAAGACUACCGUAAGAUAAUUGAGUUGAAAGCUGACCAUUCAUCCAGACCUCUCUGGGUGGUAAGUUAAAAAAGUAGCUGAUGUUAUAACUUCUUGCUCACAAAAAUAACAUUGGCUAUAUGUGAAGUUAGGGUGACUGAUCCAUCAGGGGAAACUCUCUUGAAGAAGCCUACAUGUAAUAACAGGUGUGCACAGCUCAACAGAUUUACAAUUCUGAUUUUUUUUUUCAAGUUUCAAAUCUAGAACUGAUUAUUUAUUUUCAGGACAUUUUCUGUAACAGAUUGUAAUAUUUCAAAUGCAGAAGAGCUUCAGUCUGUUCACACUAUCUAUGGGGAAAAUAUACCAAGAAUUUGGGUAUUAGACUAGAUGACCAUUAUUUUUUAAAGUAGAAUUCAUUUUAUUGUGAUCUAAACUUGCUGCCCCAGGAGCAAGUCCCUGCCCAGAUAUUUACCAGAGCAACAUUCAGCAAUUAUUCCUUUCAUGGGAGAUCCAAGUUGUUCACAUAAAAAGACACAUUCAUACUCUCAGUGUCUGUUUUGUGCCUAAAGAGCCAUACAUUUUAAUUUUGUAAUGAGUGUUGAUCAGUAUGCAAAGAGGUGACUGGAGAAUGCUGGUAGGGACCUGUAGACCUGUAGGUGUCCAUUAUUAAGAGAGAGUUGACUGAAUUUAGAAUUAGUUUUGGACAUCUAUGACAUAAUACUGCCAUGCUGGGUGACUCAGUGCAGGUGUUCAUGUACUACAAACUGUGCUACAGUAGUAACAGUGUAUUGUUCCAGAAAGUAUCUGUUUCCUACACGCCAUCCUCGCCCAACAAGGGAUUCUUUGGCUUGAGUACCCCAUCCCUCUUACUGGCAUAAAUUGCUUAAAAUUUUGUUCAUAUGUGCAUUAAUAUUGUUUGAGUUUCUAUUGCUUUUACUUUUUCAGGCUCCUGAUGGACACAUUUUCUUAGAAUCGUUUUCUCCUGUGUACAAACACGCUCAUGACUUUCUUAUUGCUAUUUCUGAGGUUUGUUAUUUUAACUUUUUUUAGUUUUGAUAAAACCAAACUUACAUUGUCAAAAUAGAUCGUUUUCACUGUCACGCAACAAAAAGAUAAAUUGGAAACUGUCUAGUGGAAGAAGCCAAGAAAAUGAAAUUUAAUAAACGACUACUAUAUAAACAAUUUGUCCAAGUCUCAGGUCUUUGUGGCCCACAGUUUCUGAGUUAUUUGCCAAAACAUUUUGUAGAGCUUUGUAUGGAGACACCUGGAGAUUGGUGUACCAUUUUGGUGCACCCGUAUGGCCACCGGAAAUCCACAAAAACAUCUGGAGUUCACUUUUUCUAUAAAAGCUCUUUCUUUUCACUCAAGAAAUUGCAUACCUGCACAUGAACAUAUCUUCUAAUACUUAAAAUGGUUAUACUGCUGAAAAUUAAGAGGAGAGACUUUUUUUCAACGAGGCAGCAUUCCUGUUAUAGUGUCAUACACUGUGAAAACUCGGAAGUUCAAAUUGCUGUAUUUUCGAAAGGAAACGUGCUACGGGAAUGGAAACUUGUACAAAGAUUUACUCUUUGUUUAUCUUCUACCUAGAGUAAAUGAGAAUUCUUAAAACCUCACUAUUUUAACUUUACAAUUUGAUGACAUCACUGUGAAAACCAUCUAUAGCUGUCCACGGCAAAGUUGCUAGACCUUAUUCGAAAUUUAGUGAUCUUUCUUUCUCCUUUUGCUUGACAGCCUGUUUGUAGACCAGAGCAUAUCCAUGAAUAUAGGUAGGUAUGAGUGUAUGUGAUAUGUGCAAUAGAAAACCCUCCAUAAGUUGAUCAAAUAGCAUUGUGCGUGUACGGUGCAAGUAGUCCAUAUUAGGACUGCUGUUUUGACAGCUUUUGCUGAAGUUGUUAUGCGUGUUGCAUAUCAUCCGUUUUUGGUAUUAGGCUCUAGAUAUUAACCUGAUUGAUCAAUUAAGUUGCAAUGUUUCUAAUUAUCGGUCAUUUAAAAUAAGCCAUUAUAAUUUAUCAUUGCUUGUCAAGACUCUUUAAGUGGGUAGUGAUUUUGAUGUGUCUUUUGUUAAUGUAAUAGAUGGGCCUCUUUUUAUUCUUUUGCUUUUCCUCACCGUUAAAAAAGUUUUGUUGAUGCAUGUUCUAUUUCAGGCUGACUGCAUACUCUUUGUAUGCUGCUGUUUCUGUUGGUCUCCAGGUAAUAUUUAAGUCAGAAUAUAAUCAUGUAUAAUUUAAUCAAAAUAUUUCUUCAUUCUUGAUCAUUUGAAAAGUUUCCUUUUACUUUUGGAUAAGAACAGCCAAAUAAUAGAUUGCUUAAAAUCAACCUUUUGAGAAACAGAGUACCUUAAUAUAUUUUAAAACAUAUAUUUUGGGAAUGGCAGUGAAGAGUAAACUUCUUUUUACUGGUAGUUUUAACCAAUGUUUUAAAGAACAUCAGGAUCCAUUAACAUAUCCUGUAAAAUAAUUAUGUUUUGUUAUACAUGUAUCAUGUUAUGGGAGCAUAUUUUUUUUUAUGGUAGACAGCCAUAUGGUGAUUUCUACCAAAGCUAUCUUGAGAAUGAAUUAUAUCCAUGGGGAAAAGUAUUCUCUGUUUUUUUUGUUCUUUUGUUCUUUCUGUUCCAGACAAGUGAUAUCAUUGAAUAUCUCAGACGACUCAGCAAAACAACAAUCCCAGAUGGAAUAAUCCAGUUUAUCAAGGUACGAUAUCGCUACUGUAAUUUCAACAUAUAUUUUUGUUGGUGCAGGAAGCUUUAAUUUUUUAUGGAAUUGCCUCUGGUGAACGGAAACUUUGUAGGUUAAAAAGAACCUAGUUAGGUUUGUGUUCGUGAAAGCAUUGAAUGAAUGUAAGUAAGGUGCUAUUCCUUUAGUCAAUCAAUGAGAUGUAACUUUCCCUCUUCUUUGCCAUUAGUUUGUAUAAAAAGAUGGUGCUGAUAUACACAUUUCUCCAUGCUUCACUCUAAAAACUCUCUUUGUGAAAUUAAUCUGUUGUUAUCCUUAUUCACUCUCUUUCAUUGUUAACGGAUAAAGAUUGAUCUGGCAUGGCAAGUGCCUUGAGGAAUAAGGGUGGAUCUGGCCUGGGGCAGUCGACUUGAGGAAAAAGGGUGGACCUAACAGUAGAAACAGCCUUAAGGAAAAUGCAUAGAUUGGCAUGGGAAGCAGCAUUAAGAAAUAGUAGUGGAUCUGGCAAGAGCAACAGCUCUUACCAGCCCCACUACAAUGCUAUUCCUUGAGGAGUAAUUGUCGAUGUCGCAGAGGUAACAAUCUUAAGGAAAAAGGUAGAUUGGAAGGGGAAGCAGCCUUGAAUAAAACCGGUGGAUCUGGCAGGAGCAGCAGCCUUACAGAAUGAGGGUGGAUCUGGCAGUGGCAGCAGCCGUGAAGGAUAGUGGUUGAUCUGGCAGUGGUAGCAGCCUUGAAGGAUAAUGGUAGAUCUGGCAAGAGUAGCAUCUUUACAGAAUAAGGGUGGAUCUGGCAGUGGCAGCAACCUUGAAGAAUAAUGGUUGAUCUGGCAGUGGUAGCAGCCUUGAAGAAUAAUGGUGGAUCUGGCAGUGGCAGCAGCCUUAUGGAAUAAGGGUGGAUCUGGCAGUGGCAGCAGUCUUAUGGAAUCUGGGUGGAUCUGGCAGUGGUAGCAGCCCUGAAGAAUAAUGGUGGAUCUGGCAGGGGCAGCAGCCUUACAGAAUAAGGGUGCAUCUGGCAGUGGCAGCAGCUGUGAAGAAUAAGGGUGGAUCUGGCAGUGGCAGCAACCUUAUGGAAUAAGGGUGGAUCUGGCAGUGGUAACAGCCUUGAAGAAUGGUGGUGGAUCUGGCAGAGGCAGCAUCCUUACAGAGUGAGGGUGGAUCUGGCAGUGGCAGCAGCCUUUAAGAAUAAAGGUAGAUCUGGCAAGGGCAGCAGCCUUGAAGGAUAAAAAUAAGUCUGGCAGGAGAAAGCCUUAAGGAAUAAAGAUGGAUCUGGCAAGACCAGCAGCUUUUGGGAAGAAAAGUAGAUCUGGCCAGUGGAAGCAACCUUGAGGAAUAAGGGUGGAUCUGGCAGGGGACACAACCUUGGGGGAUAAGGGUGGAUCUGGCAGGGGACACAACCUUGGGGGAUAAAGAUGGAUCUGGUAGGUGUAGCAGCCAUAUAGGAAAUAAGGCUGGAUCUGGCAGGGGUAACAGCCAUAGGUGGAACUGGAAGGUGCAACAUCCUGGGGGAAUGAGAGUGAAUCUGUCAGAGGCAGUCGCCUUUUGGAUAGAUCUUACAGGGGUGGCAUCCUGACCAAAACGGUGCCUGAGGCUCCUGGCUCUGCAGAGUCCUGCUCAGCGCCAUAUACUGUAAAAAAAAAAACAAUUUGUACAUAAAUGACUGUUAUUUUUUAAAGGGUUCUUUGGAAAAGUUAAUGUGGAAAGCAAUCCAUCUUAGUGUGAUCUUUUACUCACACUUCAGCGAAAUUAGACACAUAAACAUUAUCAGGUUAUAAUGUGAAUGCAGCAAUUUUUCAUUAUUUUACAAUUUUUAACAAGUUAUACUUUUUUGCAAACUUUUCUUAAGUUUCUGACUUUGCUUUUUAGAUUUGUACAUUGAGUUAUGGCAAAGUCAAACUUGUGUUGAAGCACAACAGAUACUUUGUAGAAAGCAGUUAUCCGGUGAGUUGCCUCCCAGCUCUGAGGAGUACUUUUAACUUUUAAAAUGACCUUAUUUAGCAUCCUGUAUAGCUUCAACCAAAAAGACCGCAUUUAUUGUAAUUAUUAUUAAUUUUUAUGGCCAAAAAUACUUUGAAAUUGAGCACAGUCCAAAUUCUUGAUUAAGCACUGAAUAAGUAUGUGAUGAUCAGUUGCCAAUUUUUAAAGGAGAUGGAUGGCAUGUUAAACCAUGGCUAAACUAAGUGGCUGAAAUGCAUCUGGCUUGAUUGUAUUUAUUUUCAACUCAAAUCUAUUACUGUACAUUUAAACUGUUAACCUUUUUUUGCUAAUAGGAAGUACUUCAGCACCUUCUCAGAGACGAAGAAAUUGAGCAAUGUCGGAAACGAACAGAUGAUGACAUUGAACUUGGUUUGGGAGAGGAUCAGCUUGUGAAGUCCACUGUGGGUGGAAAGUCAUCACUGAAGGUGGAGGGAGAAUGUUACAAACUGUGGCUGAACAUAGUUCUGUCAAAAAUAUGUAUACUUACGUUACAUUUAUUGAAGCUCCCUAACAAGAUGCUUGAGUAACAAUUUAAGUUUAUACAGUAAUCAUUAUAAAAGUUUUAUUUCAUAACUGAUAAACUCACUAAAACAAGCAGGUUUACAAUCCUUUACAACCAGACCAAAUUUAAAUGGUUUUUCUUCUAUUUUUUAAAUAGUUAAACAAACCUUCAGAACCCAAUGGAAAUUCUUCUCAAGCAAUGGAGCAGGUAUUUAAAACUACAAAAAUAAUGUUUUUUUUUACAGUUAGCUAUCAAAAGAGCUAGAAGAGUUUAGAAAUUCUGGGAACUGAGUUUUGAGGAACAAUAACUGCACUUUCACUUUAGGAUGCACCCGUGGCGGCAGUGGAGUGCAGUGGAGUUGGAGAAUUUUGAGUAAUCAACCAAAAUGUGUUCUGUUCAAAAAUGCUAGGUGUUGCAACUAAGAAAUAAGUAGCCAUGAAUAAGGCAAAGAAAGUAUAAAGGAACAAAUUUUAUGGCAGUACGUGUAUACAGCACCAGUUAGAAACCCGUUCAUUGUUGUAUCUGUAAGUACUAUGCACCCAUCAAUUCACCAUGCUUUAAAGUUUUUUAGUGCAUUUCUAAUAUUCAAGUGAGACUAUUGAUAUUGUUGAAUUUGCACAGGAUCAGCCUGUGGAAGGUACAAAUAUUCCAACAGACAUCUCUGAUUACAUUGAAAGGAUUGAUCAGGAUGAGGAUGAGGAAGAGGUUUGAGCUUUAAUGGCAUAAUUAUUAUAAUUACAAUAAUGAGAUUGCUUGUAGUAGUUGUUGUUUUUUUAAUUUAUCUUUGUGUAUCUGUCAGCAAGUUGUAUUGGUUUUCUUAUUACAGACCUGCUUUUAUCUUUACUAUACUGUACAACUUAAACACAGAUCUCUGACCUAGAAAACGGGAAAUUCCCAUUUUGAUUUAUGAGCAUUUUGAGCUACAGAAUCUGCUGUUUAGUGAUAUGCCAAGUUGUCAGAUAAAUUUAUAUUAUUAUAUUAGUGAAGUGAGUUAUGACAAUGACAACAAACUCGCAACAAAAUUUCAUUAUUUUGAUGGUUUCAUCAAAGGACUUAGAAGUUAGAUCUGCAAAUGACUUCAUUAAGGGUUAUUGUAUAACGAGACUUAUAUAAAAUGCAUUGGUUUUGUUCAAACUUGUUUUCAGAGCCAGACAUACUCAUUUGAGGUUGCACAGGAGCACAUUGAAACAUUACAAAGAAAGUAAGUUCUGCUAAUUUGCUGCAGUCCUCCUCCAAACAGGCCAUAGAUAGAGACACACACAAGGAAUUUUUGUUGAGUUUCUUUUCAAUGUUCUUAUUUUAUCGUUUUGUGAUCUCACCCAUCUGGACACCAUCUCGGAUCAUCUCCUACCUCCUACUGCACAAGUAGGUAGCUACCCACCUCCCUCCCCCCCCCCUUCCCCUCACCCAAUCAAUGUAACAAAUAUUCCCCACACCGCUAUCCUUAGUAGCCUCCAUUUUUUAUGAAAGACUUGCACAUCCAGUUAAUCAAACUAUACACCAAAUGUAUUAUUUUUGUGGCUUGUCCUAAGCAAUUUUAGAAAUUUACAUGUUGAUUUUCUCAUCACAGGUGUAUUGAACUGGAUUAUCCAUUGUUAGCUGAAUAUGAUUUCAAAAAUGACUCAGUGAAUCCUGACUUAAAGUAAGUUACUCAAUGCCGUUGUUACGUUGUUAAAUGCUUGAGCCCUUUAUAAUAAAAUGUUUCUCAGUCAGUGAAGUGGGCAGGGUAAAGUAGUAACCCGUACGUAGUUUCAUAUCAUGCAGUAUGAUUUGUUGUUUUAAUGAACAUAACUCUAAGCAUUUCUUCCUUAGUAUUGACUUGAAGCCAACAACAGUAUUAAGACCAUAUCAGGUACCUCAUGUUCAAAUGAAUGUCUUAGAUCUCAGAUCUGAAACUAAGGUUUAAAAAAUUUGUUACAGUUGUUAAGACAAUGAAGCAUUUCUUUCACAGUUGGAACAAUCUUUGCUUGAUCCUAACUGCAUCUUUCAAUCAAUCAGUCCACUUUAUUUAAACACGGUAAAUGGCUCAGCAAGCUGAGAUCUUUAAAAGAAUACCUCUAGAUAAAAAUGGUCGCUUUAAAGUUCACUUUUCCACAGAUAGUAGCUUUAAGAAACUUUUUAGAUCUUGGCCUUUUUGCAAGUAGUGUUCAUCCAAAAUAAGUUUCAUCAGGCAUGGAGAGGGAAAAAAUUUAUUGGUUUUUGUUCUACUCUCUCUAGGAAAAGAGUCUUCGGAAGAUGUUUGGAAAUGGAAGAGCGAGAUCUGGCGUGAUUGUACUUCCUUGUGGUGAGCUUUUCAUUAUUCUGAUCACUUCUACCUUGAGUGAUGUGCGAAAGGAAUUCUUCCAAUUUUUUUAAACCUACUGUAUUUUAGUUAGUUUAUUUUCUGGUUCAACAGUGUCUUCAGAUAACUUUCGCUUGAAAAAUAGAGCUAAGUUCUGCAAUCAAAUCGUUUUUAGUGUCACAGUUCACUGGUCACCAUUUAGAAAAACUUUAUUUGCUGGUCAGUGGCACUGAAAAGUUAUUUUUCUACAUUGUUGGUUUUGAAAUGUUGUUCGCCAUCAGGAGAAACGUUUUCUCAGGUUCUGGUGUUUUUUUCUGGAUAUGAACGUAAUGGUUUAUUGCAUCUCAUAUCACAGGUGCGGGUAAGACCCUGGUUGGUGUGACUGCGGCUUGUACAGUGAGGAAAAGAUGUUUAGUACUGUGUACUUCAGGUAAGCCGCUCCUUGUAACUCCCUGGAAUAAUUAUGGAAGUGUAGAUCUCUAGAGGUUCCAUUUUCACCCUUCAACUUAUAAUAGCCAUUAUUACGAUUUAUUUUCUUGAAGGUGUUGCAGUGGAACAGUGGAGGAGUCAGGUAUUGUUAUGUCGUGUAAAUAUUUCCUGUUCCAGUUAUUAAUGUUCACACGAUGUUAACUUUUCUUUUUAUUUUCAGUUCAAAAUGUGGUCCACAAUUGAUGAUCGCACAAUCUGUCGUUUUACCUCUGAUGCCAAAGACAAACCUGUUAGUGAGUAUUGGGUGGGUGGGUGGAAGGGUAGGUGAUGAUAAAGAUGCUGUAUUGAAGAGUUGAGUGGAGUGGGGUGAGGAAGGGUGGGGAUAACAGAAACUGUCAGUGGGUAUUGAUGUGUGAGUGGGGUGUGUAGGUGAUGAUAAAGAUGCUGCAUUGAAGAGUUGGGUGGGGUGGAGAUGUUUUUAUGACAGGUGUGAGUGGGGUGGGUAGGUGAUGAUAAGGAUGCUGUAUUAAGAACUUGGGUGGGGUGGGCAGAAAGCAUAUCUGUGAGUAUUGAAGAUCAAGCUGGGAUGUGAAAACAACGUGUAUUGAAGCAUCGAAGUGGUUUAAAGUUUGCUAUCUAUUGAUCUUGCACAGGAACCGAUUCCUGUCUGGCAAUUUUAUCCCGAGUGGACAGAAAUAACCUAUACUGCCUGUAAAGCUUACAAUCAGUGGCCGUGAUCAAUACACAUUACACCUCUUGCAUUGUACAUAAGCACUUCAUUGGUCCUAUUUUACUGUCAACAGAUUGUAAUAUAGCUAUUUCAACGUAUUCUAUGGUGUCAUUCACUGGCAAGCGAUCUUGGGAAGCUGGAGAGGUUAGUGUCAUGACAUCUACCUCUAAUUUUGAUUUCGUUUAACUCCAUUGUCAAGCGUUUCAGCUUAUGAAUCCAAAAAUGCAGUCAUAGUCAUUUUGAAACUUUAUCUGUUUUUUUAGGUGAUGAACUUUUUACAGACUCAGGAAUGGGGUCUGAUGAUAUUAGAUGGUAAGUCAUCUAAAGAUUUAGUUUUCGUCAUAAAAAAACGUGUGCUCCAUACUUAUGACGCAUCUUUCGUUUUCUUUAUUUAGAGGUUCAUACGAUCCCAGCCAAACAGUUUAGAAGAGUGUUAACAGGUACUGAGUUAUGACUGAUUAACAACCUUUUGUUGAUAUCAUUACUGUCGUAAAGAUUUUUAACAGUUACUUCCAAAUUUGCGAAAAACUGUGGUGGGCUUCCCUUUUCUGAAAAACUGUCGAAAUCUCAGUUGUGCUGCAACUAAACAAUCUAAGUUUUUUGUAUUGCGCUUUUAAAAAAACUUUUAUGCAUGUGGCGCAAAAAAUAAAGUGAAGAAACAUCAGAAUGUGCAGAGGAAACUUUUAAAUCGAAUUGAGCUGACUUUGAAAUACCUUAAACAACGCUCCUUUGUAAUAAUUAUUGAAGAUUUUAUGUGAAUUUUAUUGUGACGUGAUUCUUGACUGGAAACCUGAUUUCAAUCGCUGUUGUCGCAACUAAUCAGGAACUACCAUGCUUUCCAUAUACAGUGUAACUGAAUAUUGAUUUGUGAAAAUGUGAAGCAAGGUAGUUAUACUUCGUGUUUCUCUUUGUUUGACUAGUUGUUCAAGCACAUUGCAAACUGGGACUCACAGCAACUCUGGUACGAGAGGAUGAUAAGAUUCAGGUGUGUAUGGACCUGCUGAUCAGCCUUGAAAGAUAGAUUUGAUUGUUUCGUUCUUAUCAGUUCUGGCAAAAAUGUAAAAGUGGACUGUUGCAUCCAGAAAAAUGCUACACAAACUAGAUGUAUUUAAUAGUGUUCAUAUGACUUAACCAGUAGGCUUGAAAAAAAUGGGUGUGUGUCGGUGCAAAUAACUAUGUUCCUCAAUUUUACAGGAUCUAAAUUUCCUUAUUGGCCCUAAGCUUUACGAAGCUAACUGGAUGGAACUACAAAACAAUGGAUUUAUCGCACGAGUCCAGUGUGCAGAGGUAUGAUAUCAAUAUUGACUUUUCCUUGCAGUUUUCGGUUAAACGAUUUCAUACAUCCUUUUGUCAUAACUUGUGUUCUAUUUCUAGGUGUGGUGUCCAAUGACACCUGAGUUUUACAGAGAAUAUCUGAACAUCAGAACAAGGAAAAGAAAGGUAUUAAAAAACCCAACGACAUGAUAAACUUCUUAUCAUUUCAGCUAUUUCUUUAGACGAUUUAGUGUAAAUUUCAAGAAAAACUAUUUAUUAGCUCUCCUGAUCGAUACUUAGGACUUGGUCAUCAUUUACCUUCGCUUACACGAUUUGUCCACACAACUAAAGAGAUUGACCUUCGCUUUCCAUAUUAUGUUUCGUUCCAGUCACCACAUUCUGGAAUGCCUGGAAUGUUUUCAAAAUAAUGGCUUAUGGCUCCGCCCAAAAGAGGUACCUUUUUCAGGCUUCAGGUGUAUUAAAGGGUAGGGAUUUCAUUAGUUGACGUAUAUGAAAGGGUAGGGAAAUCUGUCAUUUGGAUCUGUAAAAAGGCUCAAAAGGAUUAACAGACACAUUUUAUGAAUGUGAAAGAGACGAGAAAACUUCCUGGUUUACUAACGGUUAUUGUCUUGACCAUUUUGCAGUUAUCUCAGUGUCUUAGCUUCUAGAUAUCAGUUUACGCAGCCAGUCUUAAUUGACUCAGCAGAGGAAUAAUUUAUAGUACUUGAGUUUAAAUUCAUCUUUUCUCCUGUCGUUUUAGUUAUUGUAUGUUAUGAACCCAAACAAGUUUCGGUCUUGUGAGGUGAGUACAAAGCAGCUGUCAGCUGCUUAAUACUGUAUUAUGAAAGUGAAUAUAUGAGGAACGUUUCAUAAAUUUUAAAUACAGGAAAAAGAUUUAACAUACUAUGGCUUGGUACAAAGCUGUUUUUCUCCUUGAUUUGAUUCCAUGUACUUAUUAUGCUAUUUUUUCCUCCGCAGUUUUUGAUUCGUUACCAUGAAAGGUAAGAAACUGAAAGCAAGGGCUUAAUGCAAUGUGUUAUAAAAUCUUCAAGCUAAGAAAGUUUGUCUCUUUACACCUGCAAAUUUUGUUAUAUAUUUUCCUUUCUUUAGACGGAAUGACAAAGUCAUUGUGUUCUCGGACAACGUGUUUGCUCUCAAAAAAUACGCUGAAAAAUUAAAGAAGUAAGUUCUGUGAUUCAUAUCUGUAAUUUCCAAUUGUCUUAUCCAGGCUUUAAUGCAUUGACUGAUAUCACUGCUUUUAGACCUUUUAUUUACGGGCCAACUUCUCAAGGUGAACGAAUGCAGAUUUUGCAAAACUUUCAACACAAUCCUGUUGUCAACACCAUAUUUAUCUCCAAGGUAAGACUCUCUGUGCUGUAUUAG